GUUGAAGAUUUGGGUGUCUUCUUCAUUAUCAGUCCAUCUAAUUUAAAUGUGCAAUAUGCUUAUUCUGCUUUUCAUUCUCCACAUGGUCAUGAAGGGCCCAACCCUCUGCUUUGGGAAUAUGGGUCAACCGCUCACUGUCAUAGGGUUGAGGACAAAUUUUUGAAAGUUGGAGAAGAGCUGUGGAAAGAAACUUUGCCAUUACAAGGUGGCUCUCGCUUUUAUCAUUUACAAGAUCUGAAGCCCCAUAUGUGGUAUGAAGUGAAGAUAUCAUAUCCAGCUUCUAUACCCGCUAGUUUUUCCAUACAACUGAAGAGAGACAAGUCAGAUGUGGUGCCGAACAAUAACAGGAGAUUGCUCAACACUGAAAAGCUAAUUUUUAAGACCUAUAGCAAUCAGGAUGAAACUCAUUUAUUAUUAGUAACUGUGGAACCUGAGGGGUUUCCAGCAAAACUGCAUGUACCUGAGAGGCAGUUUAUAAUCUUCAAUAUAGUAUGUGAUGAACUAUUAUUAGGCAUACCCCACAAAGCUUGGUGGGUAGUGGCUCUGGCAUUACUCGGCCUCGGAAUUGCAUUCAUCGUUCCUUCUUUUCUUCCAUUGUAUUUGCUGCCAAAGAACGAAGUCCCAAGAUCAGAUAAUAAUGUUUCGAAAACUUCUUGACAAGCCUCCGAGGAAGUUCAAGUGAUUGUAGAAUUUUUUUUUUUUAUCUCAAAGUGCUGUGAGGCACACCUGCAUAUGGCAUUGAAAAUAGAAUUUUGGAGUUAUCUACUAGUUUUUCAAGUUUUCUAAAGCGUGUUCCAUCAGCUAUCAUGUUUGAUGGGUCUACAUGCAAUAGAAAACUUGAUUUGUUGUCUCAAUCUCAUUUUGCCUGUGCUGAUGCUCAUAAACCGUAUUUAUGCUAUCAUAUUAGAAAUACGUGUUACAUUAGUUAUCUUUUCUGUCCUUCUAGCCCAACAAUAGCUUGGGUCUUCUGGGACACUCCUUCCGGUGUUAGCUUGUUUUGCAGAUAAAUCUGUUACAGAAAACAAUUGGAGGAUUUUACAAUAUCUCUGGGAAGGACCAAUGCCCGUAAU